UGUUGAAUGUGACAUGGCGUCCAUCAAGAUAUAAUACGGCCUUCUGAAAGGACUGUUUCUAUGACAGUGGAAUUAUUUUGCAUUUUACUGAGGCCGUAAUAAAUCGUACAUUUGCAUUGAUGGUAAUGCAUGCAAGGAAACCACAGCGGAUAAGCGAUGGGUACUUUGAGAAGCAUCAGGCCCAUCCGUAUCAGAAAUACAACUCUAAAAGUGAACGAAGAGUCGCAAAUGAAUAUGUAUCUUCUGACAAUCGGUACACACCACUUCGAUCACCUAAUGGCAAUGUGUCCUCACAUGGCCAUAACACACAUUCAAGCCAGUCCAGUCAUAGUCAUCACCACUACAGUCAUAUGGCAGAUGAUAGAGGAUAUGUCACAUCUAGAAAUUCCUAUAUUCAGAAAAUCCCCGAAAAGGAGAGAGAUAGAGACUACAAAUCCUCUAGGAGUAAGUACACAGAUAGCGUUCGUUCACCAAAAGAGCGCAUUAAAGAUUGUGAGAGAGAAAGAAGUAAUCAUGAGCGAAAUGAAUCAGAGAAAAAAAUUCGAACUAGCGGCAUGAACAUUAGUGUUAGUAAGAGUAAUAAAUAUGAUAAAAGAAGUGUACCUUCCUCUAGUGUACCUUCUGGAAGUGAAUGGUCAGAACACAUUAGUUCAUCAGGCAAGAAGUAUUAUUAUAACUGUAUCAGUGAAGUGUCACAGUGGGAGAAACCUAGAGAGUGGGAGCCCAGAAGGACAUCAUCCAAAGAUUCUAAUUAUUCCUCCAGAAACAAUCGAGAAAAACGAUCAAGUUCACGGUCAGAGAGAAGAGAGUCGGAAAAAACAAGUAAACGUAUUAACAAUGCUUCAGAUAGAUAUUGGAACAGCAGCCGAGAUGAAGAACAUCAUGAUCGUAGCAGACCAAAACAUUCAGCUUCUACACACGAUUGUAAAGAUGGGCAAUCACUACAAGACAUGGAUAUUUCGCCAGACAGAAGUACACCUUUAUCUGAGAAUUCAUAUGGCGGAAGAGAAACACUAGAUAGAGGACGGAGUAACUGUGAAAGUAAUGCAGUUCCCCCCGUUGUCGUUCUUGACAAUUCUAAUCAACCUAGUGGUUCAUUGCUUGCGGCGGCAUUACCCCGCAUCGUGGCCGCACCACCCGCUGUGACGGUACCGCAAGCUAACAACGGAGGCUCCUCGUCUCCAAUCAGAGACGGCGCAGACACACCGCAAAGGGACGCGGGUCCGCCGACGCCCACGCACUCUGAGAACACAGAUCCACACGCCCCUCCUUUACACCUUGACCAGGCACUACCAAGAAAGAUGGAAUGUCUGGGAAGCUAUUCAUCAGUUGUCGGCGGCACGCUACAGCACGCACCGCCUAUGUUGACGCCUUCACUUGUGAAUUACGUCCGGUCUGAUUUAACAUCGCAUGUUACCGGUUGGCCAGCCGAUAUACUCGAAAAACAGGCGAACAAGUUUACGGAGGAAGCGUAUCAACUAGGCUGCUUGCAAUGUACGCGGGUGUCAUCUGAACUCAAAUGUGCUCGGUCUCUUGUACGUCACACCGAAAUACAAGCCACACUUCAGGAGCAAAAGAUUAUGUACCUGAGGCAACAGAUCUCACGAUUGGAGGAGUUAAAGUCGCAAAAUUCAUUCAUGUCGGACGACUAGGAAUCGUGCUGGGGGCUGGCGUGUGCCACCCCCCUACUUGUUGCACUGCCGCUUAUUAUUGCGCGCUACAUUUCCCAAUUUAAUGAGAGAUCUCUCGCACGUCAAUAUAAAAACAUUGUUCAUUCCGUUCUUUUCUAUGUAAUUUAGAUCAAAUUUAUUACUGUUGUUGUGUUGUGUGAUUUGAUGUGAAAUAAGCAGUUCUCACCGUGGGUUUUGUCACUUUGAAAUUGUAUGCUACGUUUACAUAACUAAUUAGGUUAUAAUAAUGACAAAAUGUUCUUGUUGGACAUACAGCAGAAAAAAUAUCAAUAAAAUAAUAAUUUAGUUGGAUUACGGUGGUAAGAAAGCUACAAAAUAACGCGGCGCGAGUCCUGCUUUGAAACCCCAAAGUUUCAUUCAUAAAAAAUUUUAAUAAUAAAUAUUUUGUACAUUUACUAAUUGUCUGUAUGUUUCAGUAAUAUCUUUCUGUUUUACUUUAAUGUUAAAUUUUUCAUACAAAUGGAAUAUUUUAAGGUUUUUUUUUUUUUUCUAAUUUUAUUAUAUUAUGUGCAGUCAAUUUAGUGAUUAUGAUUAUCAGUGUAAGAAUACAGUGUUUGUUUGUUUUCUGUAAAAUGUUAAAUUAUUGAAACUGGAUUUCGAUACGUUUGUAACCGUCGGGUCCAUGAAAGGUUCACCAAGCUUACAUGAAUGUAGUCGAUGUUGAAUAUUAUUGCUGUUCACUUGUGUAGGUGUAAACGAAAUGUAAUGGGGUGCCAUUGCUGACCCAUAUCCCUACUUAACUUGUAAUACCUACAAAGAUAGUGCUAAUCAAAUUAAUCUUUUUUGUUUAGAAUUAGUUUGACAAUACGAAAAUAUGUAAAACUUGAAGACGUUGCGAUUGUAAACGGAACUAAGAUUUAUAAACUUAUUUUAAAAAUGGCUCUUAAUGUGAAUUUUUCAAAUAAUUUUAAGAUAAUGUUAUAUUAUGUUGUAUUAUAAACGUGCUGCGAAUUUAUUUAUGAUUGGAUGAAUGUUUUAAAAAUUAUACAUUUUAUUUGAUCAAUGGAUGAACUCGACUUACUGGAGGAACAUAAUAUGCUUUUAAAUUUAUAAUUUUGUGAAAUGUGUCAUUGCAAAUAUUCAUUUUGACCAACCGUUGUAUAAAAAUAAUAAUAAAAAAAAAAUCUGGUAUUUUGUAAUAACAUAAUAAAUAAUACUUAGACUUAUUGUAUUCGUGUAGUAAAUUAGUUGAUUUUCUAUAAAGUGAAAAAACAUGAAAUAUUUUUCUGAAUAAUUUUGAAAUGCUUGUGAUUGUAUGUAUGCAUUCGAUUCAAUAACAAAUCUUCGUUCACUUACACGGUAAUUUUAGAAAUUGUUAAUUAGGUGAAUUGAACUCCGGUCUAGGUCUUUUAUUUUUGUAAUAAUGUAAGAACUUUAAGAAUUGAAUUGCUAUGUUUUGUCAGGCUGUAUAAUGCGUCAGAAUAACAGAAGUACUGUGAUAUUCAUUCACCUUCACUCUAUUAGUUAGAUAAUAUUGAUGUAGACCUGUGUGGAGUUCUGUGUGAGUGUUUAGAGCCAGCUAUAUACAGUCAAAUAAUUUGUAUUAUAAAUGUUAUUAUAUAAAUUAUAAAUGUAAUAAAUAUGAUAGGGUCAUGAUAACACAUGUGUUUCGCUGUCAUAGGCUGGCAAGUUCGUUCGUGACUUCGUCUUUCGAAGAUUGUAGCGAUUUUUAGGACUUACGCGGAAGUUUCUGACAAAAUACCACCGACGUAAAACAGAUGGCACACUCAAGUCGCUUUAACAAGCUUAGUGAACUUCAUGUAAUUUAGCGAUAACGAUACUGAAAGUUUGAAUUAGUACCUAGUUUAAAAAUACAUAUCUUUCUUGGCAAAUACUGACGUGCAAUUUUCGAUAAAGCUGUAAUAGCCUGUGGCACAGCAUAUUUUUCCUAAAUUGUGGGUAGGUUUAUGUUUAGAUUUCCAUACAAUUUUUUCACAAGCCUGAGUACACCACUUGUGUAUUUGUGAUUGUAGGCACGGCGUUCUCUCAUCUCUGAUACAGUUGAAACACACCUAAGGGAAAUUCUCCAAACACACCUGGGCUCUGAGGAAACUGAAGAUUUUCCAUUGUACAGUUUCCUGGAAUUAACGUGUCAUAGAAUAGGGAUCUGACGUGCAACUCUUAACAUUGUAAAUUUGAGGCCGUCAGCGCAAAAGUGGCCUAAGCUUACUAUAGUCAUUAUGGAGCAAUGGAGGUUUAAGUUUUCAUGAAUUUGAAUUUGAGUAGGCAAAAAAAUAUGUGCAAGAAUAAUGUUUACAAAGCCAUUACAAAUUCAUCUAUGGGUG